AUGAUUCACACUCUCAACCAUCGCAUCCCAGUUGCAUACUGCACUGGUCAGUACCCAGUUGCCACUGGAAUCGAUCAUAAUGAACGUGCUCCUUCUAUCACUGGGAUUACUCCUUCAGCCCUUUCGCGUAUGUGGUGUUCCGGGUGUCUCGAAGCCCCUGGUCGAUCUCGGAUACUCGACCUACGAAGGACUUCGACUCGAUGCUGGAGUCGACCAGUAUCUCGGCAUGCGCUAUGCGGCACCGCCCUUGGGGAACAUGAGAUUCAGAGCACCCCAAGACCCACCCCGAACGGAGUCAGUUCAGACAGCAUUCAAGGUAAGGGACCUAGAACUCAAGUCCACAUCAAGACUAAAACCCUACAGCAUGGCCCGAUCUGCGUUGGUGCCGAUCAAAACGUCACGGCAGGUGACAAGGAGGAAGAUUGCCUGUUCGUGAAUGUUUUCAGUCCGUCCAAUGCAACAGCGACUUCUAAGCUCCCGGUUUGGGUCUUUAUCCAAGGGGGAGGUUACGCUCAGAAUUCUAAUGCGAAUUACAACGGAACCAAGGUCGUGCAACAGUCUGAACAUGGAAUCGUGCUUGUCACGCUGAACUACCGAGUCGGCGCCCUUGGAUUCCUGGCAAGCGAACAGGUGAGGCAAGAUGGGGAUCUGAAUGCCGGGCUUUUGGAUCAACGGAUGGCCUUGCAGUGGGUGCAGGAGCAUAUUCACAAGGUACAAUUACCCGUGUUUUAUUUUCAAGCCCGAAUCCUUAGGAUCUAA